CACAGAGCGACAGCGUUGGGCGGCGGGGUCGGAAGAUGGAGCUUGAAGGCGGCAUGGCGGCUGUCGGCCAGGAGGAGGAGGAGGAGGAGGAGGCGGCGGCGGCGAAGAAGAGGGCGAGGCCGAGCGAGGAGGUCGAUGGCGAGUGCCAAAGCGAUGGUGUUCCGGAAGCACCUUCCGCGGAGCACGGGAAGCCGGCGGACGGCGUCUCCUCUGUCAUCCCCGGGUGGUUCUCAGAGAUAAGCCCACUGUGGCCAGGAGAGGCUCACUCUCUAAAGGUGGAAAAGGUACUGUUUCAAGGAAAGUCAGAUUACCAAAAUGUGAUGGUAUUUCAGUCGUCCACAUACGGCAGAGUGCUUGUUUUGGAUGGAGUGAUUCAAGUAACAGAAAGGGAUGAAUGUGCCUACCAAGAAAUGAUUACUCAUCUUCCACUUUGCUCGAUCCCGAAUCCUAAAAAGGUUUUGGUUAUUGGCGGUGGUGAUGGUGGUGUAUUGCGAGAAGUAUCACGCUACUCUUCUGUGGAGCAAAUAGACAUAUGUGAAAUUGAUAAGAUGGUUGUCGAUGUUUCCAAGCAAUUCUUUCCGCACCUGGCCGUUGGAUACGAAGAUCCUCGUGUUACUCUACACAUUGGUGAUGGAGUUGCAUUUAUCAAAGGUGUUCCUGAAGGUACUUACGAUGCGGUCAUUGUAGACUCAUCCGAUCCAAUAGGUCCAGCUCAAGAACUUUUCGAGAAGCCUUUCUUUGAAUCAAUUGCUAAAGUUCUUCGUCCAGGAGGGGUUUUGUGCACACAAGCAGAGAGCAUAUGGCUUCAUAUGCAGCUCAUCGAAGGCAUCUUAUCUGCCUGUCGUCAAGUCUUUAAGGGCUCUGUGAAUUAUGCUUGGACAACUGUACCUACGUACCCAAGUGGAGUGAUCGGUUUCAUGCUUUGCUCCACCGAGGGGCCACCAGUCGAUUUCCAGCAUCCUGUGAACCACAUUGAUGAGGAUGAGGUUUCCAAGAAAUCUAAAGGACCCUUGAAGUUUUACAAUUCCGAGAUCCAUUCUGCUGCGUUCUGUUUGCCAUCUUUCGCGAAGAGGAUUAUUGGUUCCAAAGCUCACUAAGGUCUCCCCAACGACAUAAAGAUGAGAUGAAAAGGUGCAGGGUGCGGGAACUUCAUACUUUUGAGCUCAUCCAUGUUCUAUAUUAGUUCAAAACUCAUGGAUGCCAUGAGGAAAAAAUUCUAUCGAUUCAGACUAGUCUUUUAUCAUAAUUCAAAGAACACCCAUCUACUCAACAAAUUCUUCUAGAAUGAUUUCUAGUAUCGAAUGAAGAGUUAUUGGUUUUGAAGCAUUAA